UUCGUUUUUCCUCUCUUAUACCUCACACUUUCCUCUUCGUCCUUCAACAGGCCGAAGUCGUCAUCCGUACAGACGCCUCUUUCUUAAACCCUCUUCCCAUUUUCUCUCCUAGCUUUGUGCUAUCAUAGUGGCUUCGAUGACAGACGCACCGACGGAUAAUACUACCAAUAACGAAAGCUGUAUCUCACUCAAAGCAACAAGGAAUCCGUUGGCACAAAUGGUUCCUCACGAGCUGCUCGUCAAGAUCUUCUAUAAUCUCGAGGAACGACCUCAACAUCGUCAUACCCCCACGUCCUUUAUCUCGUUCUCGUCUUCUUUGUCCCUUGACCGAUCCAAUAUUUUAUCCUGCGCACUCGUUUGCCGAGACUGGUACUAUGCCGCUGUGGACACAUUGUGGCGCGAGGUCGAUCUCCAGAGCGUGGAAUCGUUUAUUCAGUUUAGUAGGGUCCUUGACCCAGGGUUUUCGUACAUGGAUACUGAGCCUACAAUCGUCUACUCCCCAAACGGAUACCGCGAGCAGGGCAGGGAGUGUAAAGAAGGGGACGACUAUGCAACUACGACGGAACACGAUGUACGGGAACGCGGACACGGACAGCUGCUGCAUGCGGGGAAUGCUACCCAUCUACAGCAUAAGCAGCCCGUUCGCUCGGGAUUCUCGGAAGUAUCGUCAAGGACACCGUUAUCGGAGCAGGAUAUCUCUUCUCUAAGUUGUUCUCCCACUCCAGGUACAGUACCUUUGGUACUCACGUACUAACGAAAAGACAACAAGCGGAUGAAGCAGUAAAGAAAAAGGGGGGAGGGCAGGCGCUGUGAAGAUGAGUGCGAAUACCACCACUCUCGCCAUGGGCUGCUAGCGUCCUUGGAAUCUGGCUUCUUGGACUUUCACGGACUCGGGGAUGACUGUUUCGCUUAGAGGUGGUGUCAUCCACCGGAUAAAGAAACCACGCCCGGACAGAUGGUCCGAAUAGCAGGGCGAGUGGAGUACAAGCAAAAUAAGCACAUGACUCUUGCGGGAGAGCAAACUUUACUGUCUUACCCCACAAACAACCUAAAAAAAACGGGACCAAACAGAGAUUGGGUC